CUCACUCUCUAUCUUCCUCCUUUAAUUGCAGGGGCACUGCUCUCUUUUCCAUUAGGGUUUCCUCUUUGAGAACUCAUCACCCUAGCUACAAACAUAUAUACAUUAUACAAGUAGCUUAUAUAGUGAUCAUGAUCUCUCAAUGAUCAGCAGUGCCUAUUUCUUGAUCUUAGAAAACCCAAAGAGCAGGUAAUAGUAUUUUUGAUUUUAGUUGAAGGGUUGCAGAGAUUUCCACUCAACAGCAAGGAAAUAAGUAACGAAAAACAAAAAAAGCAACAGAGAUAUAAUGGCAACAUCAAGCUCUUCAAACUCUCCUUGUGCUGCGUGUAAGUUCUUGAGGAGAAAAUGCAUGCCGGGUUGCAUUUUUUCACCCUACUUUCCUCCUGAAGAACCUCAGAAGUUUGCUAAUGUUCACAAGAUAUUUGGUGCAAGCAAUGUAACGAAGCUCCUUAAUGAACUUCUCCCUCACCAAAGAGAAGAUGCAGUGAACUCUCUUGCUUAUGAAGCGGAGGCCCGGGUUAAGGAUCCGGUGUACGGUUGUGUGGGGGCUAUCUCGUUUCUUCAAAGAGAGGUUCAUAGACUCCAAAAGGAACUUGAUGCUGCGAAUGCUGAUCUUAUCCGCUAUGCCUGCAAUGAAAUUCCGACAACUCUAAACACGACACUACAAUCUGGGACAAGUAACAUUCCCCCAAUGGUCACCAACCCUCAGCAAAGGCCAAUAAAUGUUAGAAUGGAAACUGAUGGAGGUUCUUUCUAUCAGAACACUUCAGGUUUUCUUCUUCCUUUUCCUCCUUUAUGGCUUGAUGGUCCCUCAGGAAACAUCCAUGAAAGAGGAGGAGGUGGUGGUGGUGUUGGAGGAGGAGGAGCAGACAUGUGAGGUAUAAUAUUUAAGAAAUUGGGUUAUCUUGAGAAUGAAGCUUACUCAAAAUGCAUCUAGGGUUGUCGCAUUUUCUGAUGAAUUAGAAAACCUAGUAGUAUAUGUUAAUCAAUUAUGUGAUGAACGGUCUGUGUUAA